AUGAUGAAGUAUAACAUACCAACACUGCUGGCUUUGAGUCAGGUCACAGACGUUCACUGCAACUGGACUGCACAUGCAAAAGAGUGCAGGUUGCUGCGUCCUGGCCAAAGCAACAAACGCAUUCUUUCUAAGACUCCUCAAAACCGACCGAUCGAAGAGUCAAACACGCCGCCGCGACCGAGCAAAAACGCAGCAUCAAAGGCCAAGUUGCGUGGGCGAUCGGCGACCGUCAAAAGCAUAACCCAGCCCUCGUUUUCAACCAAAGACGGGGGCUUUGCUCGCUUCCUAAAAGAACACUCUUCUCCAACGCACCAGCGAGUCACUGCUGGUGGCAGGAUUGUUCCGAUGGAUCCUCCACACAGAGAUCUUCCAAACGAGGGAGUGUCUGAGCACCGAGUAAGCAACAAUCUCAUGACCAGACAGGAAGGCCUUGGACUCUCCCACGAGCCCAGCAAUCCUUCCAACAGAGAGAGAUUAGUGCAGCCUGGACCUUCUACAGAGACGUCUGGGACUGGGGCUAGAAAAGACUCACAAAAGGCUAGCAAGCCUCAUCGAUCUUCCCGACACGAAGAUGCCCGACCAGGGCUAAUGGACAUACCGAAAUGGCGUCGGCUGCUGGGACGCCCCCUUCUCCCCAGCCCGGUUGUGUUGUGGAAACCACUGCUGUUGAAACAUCCUAUGCCACCAACAGGUCCAGUGGCCGUUGCACCCGCGCAUCUUCUGAACCUUCCUGACAACACACUGGAGAACAUUAACCAGAGCACAAAUCAUCCAUGGCCAGCAACUUUGGUACAGGGUCCUCUACCCUCGGACCCAUCCCAGGGCUCCCAAAUUGGUCAGAACCAAUCGGGGGUUCAAUCGAAUGAUCAUCUCAAAUGGGUGGAUCGCUUCAGUCCCCUUUCCAAAGGCCUUAUACUCACAUCUAUGCAGAAUGAGUUUGAUCUUGGGUUUGUGCGCAGAUUGGUAAACCGUCUGUGGGAUCGGUGGAGAGGCAUCAGAACCAAACUCAGACAUGUGAAUACGGCCAUGGCCUUUGACUGGAGUAUAUGCCCUAACGAACAGUUUGUUGAAGAGCGCAAGAUCAACAUACAGGUAAGAGAAGUUCUGUUUCAGAUGAUUCUCUGGACUCUGCUAUCAGCUCGAUCACGGCAACCUUGCGAGAGAUAUGACAAAAUGGUGGAGUCACUUGAUCCGGACCUGAAACGCGAAGUGGGCCAGUACUGGGAUGCAGAGUAUCCAAACUUCAGAAACGAAGUGUUGCAAAGAUGGGGAUCCACUGAACCUCCUCGGGAGGUAAGGCAGACUCUGAGCAAUGGUGCUGUGGAUGACGGCACGAGCUCUUUCCCGAGCAUACUGAGCCAUCAUCUGCACAGCCCCGGUGGUGCUUCUUUGGCCUUUGAGACAAAUCAGGCUCUGGGAACUUUCAAUGGCACUGCUUUUCCGUUCAAUCCAAGCCAGCCUUUGCACAAGUCUGGCGGCGCGCCUUUAUCCUUUGACACGAGCCAGGCUCUGAGCAAUCUCAAUGCCUCUGCUGUUCCGUUCUACCCAAGCCAGGCUCUGCAAACCCCCGCUGGUGGCCAUCUGCCACUCGAGAUGAACCAGACUUUGGAAAAUUCCAGUGCCUUUUUUCCGUCCAAUGCAAGCCAGGCCCUGAACAACUCUGAUGGAGCUUUCCCAUUUGAGACGAACCAGGUCUUGGGCAACCCCAAUGCAUUUUCUUUUCCAUAUGCCAUGAACGAACAACUUGGGAUUCUCCAUGCCCAAGGGGGUUUUGGUGGUAUGGAUGAGAGCCACCACGACUUUGAUAUGGAAUUCCCGAUGGACAUUGGCGCUGAAGAAGCUGGUCCUUUGGGCACUGCCACGGGAGGUUCCCUUUCGCCUCUGGAUUUGCCAGAAAGCACUUUGUUUUAUGACCCCAAUGUGUCAGACACGGAACAUUAUUCCGCUCCUGCUUCUCCGGCUGGCGGCAUUGAUGUCGAAGAGAAAAUGACUUACAAUGAGCUGCUUAGUGGUGAUGAAGUGCCGAAUGUGUUUGUUGAGCAUGGAUUUGGCGAUGAGGACGCUUUUCCUCCACAGAAUGAUGGCGCACAGAAUUACUAUCCGAUCCACAAUACUGGCCACAUCAGUCAGACUGUGCCCUGGAACUUUGGCCGGAGGAUUCGUCGUGAGUUCUCAUUGAUCUCUGAAGCUGAUUGCGAGAUAAUCGAUGAGACAAAGGACAUGGAGACUCUGAAUUUCGGUGUCCGUGCUGUGUCUAGUCCGGUCACUAGGUCUCGACCAGAAGAAACAAUGGACCAUUCCCAAGAAAAGCCGGUGCCGGAAGAGUAUGCAUCCUCUGACAACGGCAAAUCUCCAGAGGGAGACAAAGUCGGCUUGAUGAGUGAUGAUGGCCAGCAGGGUGAGAUGCGAGGCGCUGGGGAGAUAGGCACACGCUUCAUCAGGACGCUGAAGAAGUGGAGGGUUCGAAAGUCAGGUACCGACUAUUCUGAUCUCUCUGACCUCACUUCGCGACACCACACAACAGCCAACUCCCCAGAACCAUACGCAGAGAGACAAUCCCACGCAGACACUGCAACCUCAAUGAGUUCUGAAUCAAUGGGGUCGUCUCGCUCCGAGCACCAGCCCAAUGAGGGCCCCGGCUCGAAAUCAUCUUCAUCCAGCACGGACCGAUCUAUGGCGUCCACUUCCAAGACCACUGUCUCCCCGAUUUUGCUCUCAAUGCUCUCUCGUCAGGAUAACCAGGUGUAUACUGCCCGGGCCAUUCUGGACAUCACCCCAGUCAACGUGUACGCAUCUCCUGGCCUGUGGGGUCGCAACCGCUGA